AUGUUAGGAGCUGUGGGACGCUGCUGCACCGGGGCUCUGCACGCCCUGAAGCCCGGGGUUACCCCCCUGAAGGCCUUCACCGGAGCUCCGGCAGCGCUCUUUUCUCGCAGGGAUUAUGCCGCUCCCGCCGCAGCAGCUGCCACCGCGAGCGGAAAGAUCGUUGCGGUCAUCGGUGCCGUAGUCGACGUCCAGUUCGACGAGGGUCUGCCCCCAAUUCUGAAUGCCUUGGAAGUGGCCGGUCGCGACAGCAGGCUAGUCCUGGAGGUGGCUCAGCACCUUGGGGAGAACACCGUCCGCACCAUUGCUAUGGAUGGUACGGAGGGUCUGGUGCGUGGCCAGAAAGUUUUGGACACUGGCGCCCCUAUCAGAAUCCCUGUGGGACCUGAGACGCUGGGCAGAAUCAUGAAUGUCAUUGGUGAGCCCAUUGAUGAGAGAGGACCAAUUACAACAAAAGCGACUGCUCCCAUCCAUGCUGAGGCCCCUGAGUUCACGGAUAUGAGCGUGGAACAGGAGAUUCUGGUCACAGGAAUCAAGGUGGUCGACCUCCUGGCCCCCUAUGCCAAGGGUGGAAAAAUUGGUCUGUUUGGUGGUGCUGGUGUAGGAAAGACUGUGUUGAUCAUGGAGCUGAUCAACAAUGUGGCUAAAGCCCAUGGUGGUUACUCAGUGUUUGCUGGUGUAGGGGAAAGGACCCGUGAGGGAAAUGAUCUGUACCAUGAGAUGAUUGAGUCUGGUGUCAUCAACCUGAAGGACACCACAUCCAAGGUCGCCCUGGUGUACGGACAGAUGAAUGAGCCCCCAGGUGCCCGUGCCCGUGUGGCUCUGACUGGACUUACCGUUGCUGAAUAUUUCCGUGACCAGGAGGGGCAGGAUGUGCUGCUCUUCAUCGACAACAUCUUCCGCUUCACCCAGGCUGGAUCAGAGGUAUCUGCCUUGCUGGGUCGUAUCCCCUCUGCUGUGGGUUAUCAGCCAACCCUGGCCACUGACAUGGGUACCAUGCAGGAGAGAAUCACCACCACUAAGAAAGGCUCCAUCACAUCUGUACAGGCCAUCUAUGUGCCUGCUGAUGACUUGACUGAUCCUGCCCCUGCCACCACCUUUGCCCACUUGGAUGCCACCACUGUGUUGUCCCGUGCCAUUGCUGAACUGGGUAUCUACCCUGCUGUAGAUCCCCUGGAUUCCACCUCUCGUAUCAUGGACCCCAAUAUUGUGGGAACUGAGCAUUAUGAAGUGGCCCGUGGUGUCCAGAAGAUCCUUCAGGACUACAAGUCUCUACAGGAUAUCAUUGCUAUCCUGGGUAUGGAUGAGUUAUCUGAGGAGGAUAGGCUGACUGUAGCUCGUGCCCGUAAAAUCCAGAGGUUCCUGUCUCAGCCUUUCCAGGUUGCUGAGGUCUUCACUGGGCACUUGGGCAAGCUGGUGCCCCUUAAGGAUACUAUCAAAGGCUUCAAGAGCAUUCUAGGAGGUGAAUAUGAUGCACUGCCCGAGCAGGCAUUCUACAUGGUGGGUCCCAUUGAGGAGGUCGUCCAGAAGGCAGAGAAACUGGCAGAGGAGCACUCAUAAAUUUGUCAUACAAAUAUCUGGGCAGGGUUGGACAAGGAUGGAAUGGGAGGAGCACUUGGUUUGUAAAGUCACAUUCAGAAACAAUUGUACCUGUAUUGUCAGUCAUUCUGAAGUUGUAUUUAAUGUUUCCAGUUAAGAUGGAAAUAAAUGUCAUUACCAUGAA